GAGUAAUGCGUGGAGCACUGCCUACUUCUGUGUCAACAGCAAGUGCAAUGUCACGUUAUGACAACUCUUUGCUGCAGUAUUCUCUUGUUCUGGGAAGGUUGUACUUGUCUGGAUCGCAAAUAUGUCUUACAAAACUAUACCCCCGCAUUCAGUACCCAGUUCCCACUGGCACACCGCAGAUUUCAUCUCUAGUAAAAUGGAACCAUGAUCAGGAGUGGUUUGUACCAGUUUUCUCUGAUAAGGACUGGCUAAAUAAACAUUACCAUACAUACGAGAUUGAUCUCAACAAACCUGAAGAUGAGUGGUACAGGGGUCAUACAAUUGAUGGAAGAAUAAUCUUCCCAGCAUCUGGAUAUCUGGUUCUCGCUUGGAAGACACUGGCAGCGCAUAAAAGCAUCAAGUAUGAGAAUCUACCAGUCCUUUUUCACAAUGUGCAUUUUCAGAGGGCGAGUAUUUUUCCAUCCACUGGGAAGCUCACUUUCAGUGUCGAGAUCCUCUUUACAGAAGGGCAAUUUGUUAUUUCUGAAAGUGAUGAAAUAGUUGUGUCUGGUCACAUAUUUGUCUGUCAGGAACCAGACAAGGAAUUUAUCACCCUGAAUAAAGCUUCUCAGUUUGGUCAACAAAGUGCUGUACCAUUACUAAAGAGUAAGGAAGUGUACUUGGAUUUGCACUUACAAGGAUAUCAGUACACAGGAGUGUUUAAAGGAAUAUUGGAAUUAGAUGACAGUGGAGCCAAAGUUUGUUUCACCAAGAACUGGGUUGCUCUAAUGGACACUGUCCUGCAGGUAGCCUUAAUGAAGAGUGCUUGGAGAUAUUUCUCACAUGUCUGUGUCCCAACAAAACUUCGGAAGGUGGUUAUUAAUCCAGAGAAAAUUUGUCAGGCAGGUGAAGCUGUAUUUGUCAUUGUUGAUGAAGCACUAAAAACUGUAGGCUGUGAGGGAAUGCAGUUCUCUGGCGCAGAGAUAGCAGCAAUACCACGCCAUUCACCAAAUGAACAGCCAUCAUGCAGUUACAAAAAUUUUGUUCCUUAUCAUAAUUUCCUUACAGAUACAUUUACAGCUCUUGGCAUUUGUCUACAGAUCUUUACUGAAAACUGUGUUAAACAGGUUAACAUUAAAACUGCUGUUUUUUCUGACAAUGAUAAAGUUAAAUAUACUUCAGCAGUUUCAAAAUGGUUUUCUGAAAACCCAUGGAUGAUGGUGAAACAGCACUUGAUUUCUGAGACAAAUUCAGCAGAAGUUGACACAAAACUUGGUUCAGAAAUAACAGUCUGUAAUAAAUCAACAAUAAAUGAUUUUGAUCUAGUGUUAACUGACACUUUAGAUCAGAAACGAAGUGUGGCAAUGAAGAAUGAUGGUUUCAUGAUUCUGAAUUCAAACUCCAGUAGUCUACCUACAGAAAUGAAAGUGCUUUCAAAGAUUUCUUCAAGGGAUGGAACAUACGUAUACUUGCUCCAAAAGGUAAAAACUGCAAGACCAAAAUUGAAGACAAUAACCAUUACAAGUGACAAGCAGUUUUCAUGGGUGAAGGAACUGAAGCAGUGUGUAGAAGGUGGAGAGCAUAAUAUACUUCUAAUUUCAGAAGAUAAGAUAUCAAAUGGUGUAGUGGGUUUAGUCAACUGCCUUAGAAAAGAACCUGGAGGGGAGAAAAUCAGGUGUCUGGCACUUCUUGAUUCUGAUGUUCCCAAAUUCGAUCCUAAUCUUCCAUUCUACAAUAAUCAACUUGCAUUAGGACUGGCAGUGAAUGUAUAUAAAGAUCGGUGCUGGGGAAGCUACAUAUACACUUUGCAACCACCAGAACCACUUUCCGUAAUGACAGAAUAUGCUUACAUGAACAUACAGAACCCAGGAAAUUUGUCAAGUCUAUGCUGGGUGCAGGCAGAGCCACCAUUGAUGAGUAAUACAGCGGAUUUUCCAGAAACUUAUUUCUCUGUAUAUUAUUCUGCCCUCAAUUUCAAAGACAUAAUGAUGGCAAGUGGAAAACUCCCAAUUAAUGUUCUCCCAGAAAAAUUAUCAGAACAGAACAGCAUACUUGGUCUGGAAUUCUCUGGUAAAGAUAAAAAUGGUAGACGAGUAAUGGGGCUUCUACCUGGCCAAGGCUUAGCAACUAAUGUUAUUGCUGAGAAUGUUUAUGAUGUCCCACAGUCAUGGAGUUUGGAGGAUGCAGCUACAGUACCUGUUGUAUAUACUACAGCAUAUUAUGCUCUUAUCAUAAGAGGAAGAUUGAAACAUGGUGAGACUGUUCUGAUUCAUGCAGGAAGUGGUGGUGUGGGACAAGCAGCUAUCUCAAUUGCACUGCACAUGAAUUGCACUGUAUAUACUACAGUUAGCAACCACCAUAAAAAACAAACACUUCGUUCAAUAUUCCCACAGCUAAAGGAAUGCAACUUUGCAAAUUCAAGAGAUACGAGCUUUGAACAACAUAUUCUGCGCCAAACUCAAGGAAGAGGGGUGGACCUUGUUCUCAAUUCUCUUUCUGGAGAUAAGCUACAAGCCUCAGUUCGAUGUGUUGCUGAAUAUGGAUGUUUCAUAGAAAUUGGACAGUAUGAUCUGUAUACCGACAAACAGCUAGGUCUUGGUGUGUUCCUGAAAAAUAUUUCUUUUCAUGGAGUUCGUCUGGAUCUACUCUUUGGAUCUCAUCAUGAUGAUGAAAUUUAUCAGCUGAAGAAGUUGAUGGAGGAAGGGUUAAGGACAGGUGUUGUAAAACCUCUGCCCAGGAAAGUAUUUUCAAGAAAUCAAGCAGAAGAUGCCUUCAGGUACAUGGCUGGUGGGCACCAUAUAGGAAAAGUGCUGCUUUGUAUCAGGGAAGAAGAAAAACAUAAUGAGUCCAAGGUGUCACAGCCCUUGAGGGUACAGGCAAAACCUAGAAUUAGCUUCAGUCCCAGUGCAGUCUGUAUUGUAACAGGUGGUCUUGGAGGAGUUGGCCUUCAACUAUCAAACUGGCUAGUUUCACAUGGCCUGCAACAGUUGGUCAUAACAUCUAGAAGAGGGGCCUGCACAGCAUAUCAGCAGCACUGCCUAGAAAGGUGGAGGAAAAAGGGUGUGACAGUGCAUAUUGCAGUGGAUAAUAUGUGCACAAGUGAUGGAACAAAAAGCAUUAUAGCUCAGGCAAAUAAAAUGGGCACUGUCAUAGGUAUAUUUCAUCUGGCUGCAGUGAUAAGAGAUGGCUUCAUACACAAUCAGUCAGUGGAAACAUUCCGUGAAGUAUGGGAGCCCAAAUAUACAGGAGCACACUGGAUAGAUCUGGAAUCUAGAACACUAUGCCCUGGCCUUAAGUACUUUGUAGUUUUCUCAAGUGUAGCUGCAGGAUGUGCUAUGCCUGGCCAAUCAAAUUAUGCCUUUGCCAACUGUGCAGUAGAAUGUCUAGUUGAAUACCGCAGAGAAUGUGGAUUACCUGGUUUGGCUAUUCAGUGGGGACCAAUUGCUGAUGUUGGACUUGCAGCUGAUUUGGAAUUUCAUUUUGGAGUAAAACAUCAAACAAUAGCCUCCUGCAUGAUGGAACUUGAAAAGCUAAUGCUAAAUCAUGAAGAAAGUGUAGCAAGAUGUAUUUUGAUCACCAAAGAUACUGGUAUUUCCAUCAGAGGACAUCAAAGAAAUGAUAAACUGUUAACCAACAUUACUAAAGUUCUAGGACUACCUGACAUUAGCAGCUUAUCACCAGAUAUUACAUUAGAAUCACUUGGCAUGGAUUCAUUAAUGCAAAUAGAGAUACGUCUCUGCAUUGAACAAUAUUUUGGAAGAUCUCUUAGUGCUGAGGAAGUUCGCUCUCUGACUGUUCAGAAUCUGCUUGAUUUUGAAAGAGCAUACACAUCAGAUCUCGGUGGUAGAGCUAGUUCUGUUACUAAAGCUGACACACCAGAAAACAUGGAUCACUUCCAAAUGGAAAGGACAGAUGAGAUACCUUUGAAUGCAGCUGAAAAGCAAUUUGUUCUUCUGGACUUCAAUGUUUCUCCACUUGUCCCAGAAGAGACAUUGGUGGUGCUUGCUGAUGAACCCUGUCAUCAGGCAUUGCCCAUUUUCUUUGUGCAUCCAAUAGAUGGAACCUGCAGACUUUUAAAAGAAACUGCACACAGCAUGAAGAGAACAGUUUACGGACUGCAAUUUUCCUAUGAGUCACCACGAACAACAUUUAAAGAGCUUGCUACAUUUUAUGUCAGACAAAUGCAUGCAGUACAAUCAACUGGUCCUUACAUACUUCUUGGUUACUCUGCGGGUGGUGCCAUCAGUUUUGAAAUGGCCAGGCAGAUGGAAGCAGUUGGAGAAACAGUACUUCUAAUUAUAUUAGAUUUUUUACCGAAUCCAUUGGAAACUGGUUUUUCAACAUUGUCGACUUUGGAAGUUGGGUUGCUAACACAAACAGUAGCACACUUCCUUUCCAAGCUUGAUGAAGAAAAGCUGAAAUCAAAACUAUUUUCUCUGCCUGAUUGGUGCGCACGACUUGAGUACUGUCUCCACCUUGUUGGUCCACACCACCCCAAAGAUCUUCAGUCAGCUCUUGAGAACUGCUACUGGCUGAUGAAAGCCAUUAAUGAAUACAGAAUUCCUUCUGACAGAGGAGUGAAAGCACCUCUCCUGCUUGUAGCGGCAACUGAUGGCAUCAUUAAACACAGAAUAAACAAACGCUAUAAUUUUCAAAAGCUAACCAUUGGACCUUUUGAUAUAAAAUAUGUAGAAGGCAACCAUACAACAUUUUUGCAAGGUCCUGAGAGAUGUAAAGCAGUAGCUGAUAAUAUUAAUGAAUGGUUAGAAGAACACAAGUCUCUGCUACUGGAUGAUUUUGAGAAUAAACUGUGAAACAGAGUCAUGCAAGUGCAUUAAGCAAAUACUUUUCUUUUGCUCACAUAAAAGGCAUGUGUAAUACACGCAUCACCUACAGAUGUUUUUAUUGGUGUUAUAUCAUAUUUAUUUUUUAGGAUAUUAUGUUGGAUAGACCAGAAAAUAUAAGAAUAAUUAUUAUUACUGUCAUUGUAUUACUCACUGCUCUAAUGUACUAAAAAUAUUAUAAAAUUGUAUUGCACUGAAAUAGAAAACUGUAUCAAUAAUUUUACAUCACAUGAAUUAUCAGUAAAAAUAUGUGUUGAUGUAUAUGUAUCACAGAUUUCUUCUAUCAGUUCAUGUAAUUAAAAACUGCUAUUUUUAUUUUAAAUGUAGUUAUAAACUCAUGUUGUGAAGAGAUCAUACUGUAGAAUGUAUUCAUUUUUAA